GCAACCCGUCGGGGCCACAGGUUGCACUCGCGGUAUGCUCGGGGAAGAACGUACUGAAGUUUAGGGAAGAUAGUCUGUGCGACCAGUCGAGGCGAGGCAGGCACAGUUGGAGAGGUGGAUUAGAGGAUAUCAGUGGGUCUGGGCCCUCCCCUUCCUGCAGCAGAAGCAAAAGUCGUCUGCUACCGAGCACCGGCCGCUGGGUUGGGCGGGGACGUUGUCUGCAAGUUGAUGCUUUUGAAGAUUCCUUGUGCACCGGAAUGCUCUCCUCCAGAACCAACAUGUCCACGGAGGACUUCCCUGAUGACUACAACAUCCCAAAAUUCGGCUGGAAAGUGAAGAUGGAUCAUGUAUUUGAGGAAAAGAGGAACCAGAACCUGAGGCCCCGAUGGCACCAGAUUUACCAACUAAUACCUCUUGCUCUCAGGUAUGUGGUUUAUCAUAUGUACAAUGCAUUCCAUUCAAGACAACCCCUAAUGAACUAUAUAAAAAUGGAAACUGGGAAACAAAUUUAUGGUGCACCAAUCGGAGGUAUUGGAGGAGGAACUAUUGGUAGAGGCUAUCGUGGAGAAUUUUGCCGCUUCCAACUGAGACCAGGGCGCGUUGAAUAUAAUACUGUUCCAGCAAAUAAUUUUAUUGUAACUAUUCAAGAUAGUCAAAAGAAGACUGUGUAUCAGAAAGUUUUAAGCACAUAUCCAAAACCUAAAAAGCAGUUAUCAGCAUGGGAAUGGGACUUUGAUGGAUCACAGGCCGAGUAUACAGCACUAUAUCCCCGAGCAUGGAGUGUAUUCCGUAUUCCAGAUUAUGCCCUAACACUUGUAUGCAGACAAAUUUCUCCAGUCAUUCCAGAUAACUACAAGGAUUCCACAUUGCCUGGUGCAGUUUUUGUGUGGACUGCCCAUAAUGAGGGCACAGAGAUGCUUCAUGUCAGUAUAACUUUUACUUUUAAAAAUGGAUGUGGCAGAAAAGAUGACAGAGAUCCAAAUUGUGUCAGCACUACUCUUGACUCUAAAGCUGAGAAUGGUACUCAGGCUGUUGGAGUGCAAAUUUCCCAUAGGAUGGAUGCUAUGGAUUACACCUAUGGCCUUGCAGUAAAGAAAAAGGAUGGAGUUUCUAUUACCCGAAUGCUCCGUUUUGAUCCUGCUGGUUCAGGGGCUGAUAUUUGGAACAGAUUGUCGGAGAAAGGAGAACUGUGGACUGACCCAGAAACAUGUAGUCCUACUGCAUCUGGAGAGCAGUUAGGAGCUGCUAUAUGCAGCCGUCUAUCCAUUCCAGCUGGCUCUUCUUUGGACACAGAAAUGGCACUAGCAUGGCACAUGCCCAAGGUGCAUUUUCAAUCCUGGCAUACUAGAUUCUACACAACUCAAGAUUUUACUACAGCGUCUGUGCCUGGUUCUGAAGAUGGAGCCAGACAAACAUCAGCUUCUGUUUUGUGCGCAUAUGCUUUGGAGAAUUUUGUUCGGUGGGAAAAGGCUAUUGAUGAGUGGCAGCGCCCAAUUUUAGAUGAUAGUGACCUGCCUGAGUGGUAUAUUAGUGCAUUAUUCAAUGAGCUCUAUUUUGUUGCUGAUGGUGGUACAGUUUGGUUGGUUCACAAUGACAAAAACAUUGACCCCACCUAUGAUCCUAGACAUAAAUAUGGUAGAUUUGCCUACUUGGAAGGACAUGAAUAUAGAAUGUACAAUACAUAUGAUGUUCAUUUUUAUGCCUCUUUUGCACUUGCAAUGUUGUGGCCUAAACUUCAGGAAGUUCUACAAUAUGAUAUUAGAGAUACUUUAGAAGAAGAAAACAAAACUCAAAGAUGGCAUUUGUAUGAUGGCAAAAGUCAAGACCGCAAAGUUAAGAACACAGUUCCCCAUGAUGUUGGAGACCCUGAGGAGGACCCAUUUAAAUUGAUCAAUGCGUAUCCUAUUCAUGAUGUCUCUGAGUGGCGAGAUCUGAAUUUGAAAUAUGUGCUCCAAGUGUGGCGUGAUUUUUCUCUGACCAAAAAUGAACGAUACUUGGCUGACAUGUGGUCUAGUUGUAAAAAGGUGAUUGACACAGCUGAGACAUGGGACACUGAUGGAGAUGGCCUAAUUGAGAACAAUGGAUCCCCAGAUCAGACUUAUGACAGCUGGGUCAUGGAAGGGCCAAGCGCCUACUGUGGCAGCCUGUGGCUUGCUGCUCUCUACUGUAUGCACAAAAUGGCUGUACACUUUGCUGACAUUGAUGCCAUUGACAAAUAUGCUGCUUUACUGGAAAGAGGAAAGCAGUCGUUUGAAGAAAAAUUGUGGAAUGGGCAAUAUUACAAUUUUGACUCCUCACAAUCCGCUCAUUCUAAGUCUGUCAUGUCUGAUCAGCUUUGUGGGCAGUGGUAUUUGCGAGCAUGUGGUGUCACUGAUGAGGUGUUUCCCCCAGAAAACGUAAAAUCUGCAUUGAAAACAAUCUUUCGUUUGAAUGUAAUGGGAUUCUGUGAAGGUAGGAUGGGGGCUGUGAAUGGGAUGUUACCAUCUGGUCAAGUUGAUACAUCUACCAUACAGAGCGAGGAAGUUUGGACUGGUGUGGUUUAUGGUUUGUGUGCCCUAAUGAUUCAUGAGAAUAUGGAGGAAGAAGCAUUCCUUACUGCUGGAGGUAUGUUCAACACAGUUUACAACCGCAUAGGUUUAGGAUUUGAGACACCAGAGGCAUUGUAUGAAAAACAUCACUAUCGUGCAAUUGGCUACAUGCGACCUCUUGCAAUUUGGGGCAUGCAACUUGCUUGGCAACAGAGGAAAAAUCACAAACUACCUUCUCAUAAACAUUAUGCUGAAGUUUAGAUAACCAUAUUUGAAAAAAAACAAACUUAAGCCUUUGUUGCAGAAGAUACCAAGUUACAGCAACAGGUAUUUUUCAACAGGAUUCUCAGCUUAAUUUAUCAUUGACUGUUACUAUAAUUUAAAAUUUGUAAUCUGUCUAUCUGUAAUGGUUGGGAACUUACUCCUUGAAAGCAUUUGCUUAGCACUCACAAACUGGAACAAAAAACACGUAUGACUUGCUGUCCAUUCCUGAUGCCCAUUCACAAAGUACUGCAAUUGUGGGGUUUUCAAACAGCCCUCUAAACUAAAUUCAUCUGCUAUGUCUUUUCAUGUCUCAUAUUGUCUUGAGUAAAGAUCCCAAGCUUGUUAUCAUCUCAUAUGUUGUUCUAAAAUUAUUUUAAGUCAAUCACAUUGAGGACACUGAGUAAUGGUUUACCACAUUCCAGUGUAGCACAUCUUUUAAACUAAUGUUUCAAUCAAGUGUUUUAAUUGUGAAAAAGAUAAAAUAAUGAUUACUUGUAAAUUUAUUUUUUACUUACAAAGUGUUUAAAUGUGUAUUUCAAAUGUUAAAGGCAAAGCCUGAAUACUUGACUCUUAUGUUUGUCCCUGUGUUUGUGUCCAGGUGCUUAUUUUUUAUGUUUACUAGAAUCAUAGUUUAGCAGUCAAAUAUUGUUAUUCUAUUUUGCAGGCAAGAAAUCUGUUUAUCUACUCCACAUGCAGUUGAAUUCUUGCAUUGUUUGUUGUCCUUUUCCCUGUGAGCUUAAUAGAAUGACAUUUUUCUUGAUCCAAUCAUUACAAAAAUUAGACUUUAUGAAUUGUAAUUGUACCCAUUUUUGCGUGAUAUAAUCAUUACUGUAUGACUUUUUACUGUGUCAAAAAAUCUAUAUUAUAUAUUAAUGCUAGUAUGCAGAUGUAUUGUCAAUGAAAUUAGUCAUGGUAUCUAAAUUAUAUUAUUGGUUGAUACUGCAGGCCGGUGUCAUCAGAAAUUCAUAAUUAACUGUACCUGUAAUUCCUACAUUCCGGUAUAUUGUUGGUAUGCUCUUGUCUAGGACAUGGCACUCGCAGGAUAAUAUACCCAGCUUAACCCCACCCCCCACCCAAAGUCCCUCCUCUCCUUAAAGCGAAUUAGAUCAAGCUUUUUGGUAAGGCAUCUGACUGAAAACUUUAUGUAGCAUCAGUCCUCCUAGAUCGUGUAGUUUCUUAUUAUAUUGUGUGCCCAUUCCCAACAAUCAUGUACCCUAUUUUUCAUAAUAUUUUAUUCAAUGAAUUAAAAAUAAGUUGAAAAAUUAA